AUGUAUUUACUUAGGCAUAGUCCUUCAGCUGUACUUUUACUGUACCUCUUUGAUCUCCCUUUGGUCUCAGCUGGCGAAGUCGGCGGACGCAAUUAUCUUAUCAGCAAUUAUCUUAUCAACCCGGGCUUCUUGAACAAACCUUCAUCUCCGUUUUUCGUUUUCUCCUCACAUCUCCUCACUCCCCCUUCUACUUCCUGCACACGCACCAUGCAAUCUGCAGCCCGGACGCCACCGGCGACGUACGCACCAGCCGAUGGUUCACGGACGCUCACGAUUACAAACGACCCGACCCGCGAAGAGGGCGAUGACGAUGAGAAUAUCAACUCGGAUUCAGGGCGGAUCGUUGGAUCGCUGAGGGUGCGCGCGGGGCGGUCGAGGGACGCACCAAGAGUGGCUUGGGACGAAGAUGUGGUGGAUAAUGAGGGGUGCGGGAAGAAGAAAUCGAAAAUAUGUUGUAUAUAUCACAAACCAAAGCAAUUUGAUGAAUCCUCGGACGAAUCGUCUGACUCGGACUCGGACUCGAGCUGCGGCGGCCACAACCACGACCACAACCACAACCAUCCACCAGCCCCUAGGCCCAGCUCGAGCGGUCAGCAGCCAAAUCCCUCUGGGACUGUUCACCAGCUCGAACCUUCCGAAGGUCAUAAGCCGAAUGCUUAUGAGAAGCAGCCCCAUUCGAAGAAGGGGAAACAUCGAGCAGGUGCGAACAUGCUUUCCUUUACCUCUUGA